AUGGAAAGUAUCGAUAGCACUCAUCGCAGGGACGCAAGCAUGCAGGGUGCUGCAGAGCCGGCACCAGUUCUUGCAGAAAAUCUAGAUCCAUCGUUGGAGAUUCAAGAAAAGCUACCUCACAACUUGACAGAGCAACAGGAGAACUUGAAUACCGUUGUAGGUCUAGAAGUAUCCAACAAUUCCUUGAACGACAAGACAGAUGACACAACUUCCACAAAUAACACUGAAAAAGUGAACAACAUAUCUGAUAGUGGUUCAGGCAGUGGCAGUAUAAUGGUAACAAGUGCAAGAAAAUCUAACGGGGACAAUAUGGAUCAUCAUGCAAACAUUGCGGCCACCCCAAAUAAGAGAGCAGUAACUGAAAGCAGGCCAUACAAAGGUCUUGUUGAUACUGCUGCACCAUUUGAGUCUGUUAAAGAGGCUGUUACCAAGUUUGGAGGAAUUGUUGACUGGAAAGCAUACAGAAAUCAUACAAUGGAGAGGCGCGGGGCUAUGCAACUUGAACUUGAGAAGGUUAAACAAGACAUUCCACAAGUCAAACAAGGUUCAGAAACUGCUGAAAUGGCAAGAUCGCAAGUGGUCGAGGAGCUAGAGACAACCAAAAGACUUGUAGAGGAGCUGAAGCACAAGCUGGAGAGAGCACAGGUUGAACUAGAGCAAUCAAAGCAGGAUUCUGAACUUGCACAGCUCAGGGCACAAGAAAUGGAGCUGGGGAUCGACAAUGGAGCUAGUGUAGUAGCUCAAACAGAGUUGGCAGUAGCCAAAGAACGGCAUCAAAAGGCUAUUGAGGAACUGAAGAUGGUCAAGGAGGUAUUAGGAUCAACACAAGAACAGUACACCACUUUAAUAACUGAAAGGGAUGCAGCAAUCAAGAGAGCAGAGGAAGCUGCUUCUUCUGCGAAGGAGACAGAGAAGCGAGUCGAGGAGCUUACUCUAGAGCUAUUCGCAUCCAGAGAAUCUCUCGAGUUAGCACACACCGCGCAUCACGACGCAGAAGAACACAGGCUUGGAGCGGCUUUGGCAAAGGAGCAGGAUUGCCUGGCCUGGGAGAGAGAGCUGCAGCAGGCGAAAGAGGAGCUGCGGCAACUCGAUGAGCAAAUCCUAUCCAAAACCUCUGCGCAGUCCAAACUUGAUGGAAACAAGGGCAUUUUGCUUAGGCUCAGUGCUGAUCUGGCUGCCUAUAUGGCAAACAAAUCGAGCGAAGAAGAUGGAGCAGUUGAGGAGCAUGGUUCUGAGGAAGAUAGAGAAAUGAGCAGGUCAAUCAAGCAAGCUCUAGCAUCAGCCAGAAUGGAGCUUGAGGAUGUUAGAGGAAACAUUGCAAAAACAAAUGAUGAAGCCAACUUAAUACGAGCUGUUGCAGAAUCGCUAAGUUCGGAGCUGGAGAAGGAGAAAGCUUCACUUGUUACAUUGCAGCAGAGGGAGAGCAUGGCGUCCAUCACAGUUUCCUCUCUAGAAGCCGAGCUCAGUAGAACAAAACAAGAGAUAGAAAUGGCGUACACCAAGGAAGCAGAAAGCAGAGCAAAAAUGGCGGACAUUCCAAAAAUGCUGCAGCGAGCAGCCCAGGAGGCAGAUGACGCCAAGGUGGCAGCACAUUCGGCACGAGAAGAACUGAUGAAGUCCAAGGAAGAAGCCGAGCAAGCCAAGGCCGCUGCCACGACUGCGGAGGUCAGGCUACGUGCAGCUUUGAAAGAAAUAGAGGCGUCUAAGGCAUCCGAGAGGCUGGCACUAGUGGCAGCUCAAGCAUUGCAAGAGAGUAAGGAGGCUACAAGCUCUGAAGAUUCUCCGAGAGUGACACUUCCGGUAGGCAAAUACCACCUUCUUAGCAAGAGGGUUCAUGAAGCCGAAGAGCUCACCAGCGAAAGGGUGGCGGCAUCGUUGGCGCAAAUAGAGCUGGCGAAAGAGUCUGAGUCAAGGAGCCUGGAGAGACUUCUUGAAGUAUCCAGGAGUGUGGACCAAAAGAAGGAUGCUCUGAAAAUCGCAUCGCAAAGGGCUGCCAUGGCAGAGGAGGGGAAACUUGGCGCCGAGGCGCAGUUGAGGAAAUGGAGAUCUGAACACAAGCAGCUUCGAAAAGCUCAUGAAGCUGCAAAACAUGCAUCUAGUCCUUUGAGUACUCCAUUUGCUGGAUACAAGGAGGCCUCUUACAAGGAAAAUAAGGAAGUCCUUACAGAAGCAAUAUCAUAUAUGUCAGAUAAUAGCAUGGGUGGAUUUGUUUCGGACAAGAAGCUACGGAAAAAGAAGACGUUUUUCCCCCAGAUGUCCACCCUUUUCUCUAGAAAGGUGCAGACACAAACAUAA